UUGCUAUCGAUGAGAUAUCCACACAUCUCUGUCGCAUCUAGCCGACGCGCUUGCAAAAAGGAAAAGAAAGAGAAAAUAUUUUUCUCACUUUGUGCAAGAAGUAAAUUUAUUACACGUGUUAGAAUACACACAACUGACUUGUCACAAUUUUAAGUGUGUUUUUAAGUAUAAUAUUUUCGACGAGAGUGCUUGUUUAAACAGCCGCGAAGCGUGUGAACUUUUGCCGACACCGCACACGCUUUUGCCGCCGCCGCCGCCGAUUUGUUGUUUUGGCGCCCGAAUUUGCGACGCGCAAAAUAAUUUGCGUGAAAAUAUAAUUUAGUUGUGUGCUUGAAAAUGGUAGAUCGUAGCGACAAUGCAGCGGAAUCCUUUGACGAUGCCGUCGAAGAGCGUGUGAUCAACGAGGAGUACAAGAUAUGGAAGAAGAACACUCCUUUUCUGUACGAUCUGGUGAUGACGCACGCACUGGAGUGGCCCUCGCUGACAGCCCAAUGGCUGCCCGAUGUCACCAAGCAGGAUGGCAAAGAUUACUCCGUGCAUCGAUUAAUAUUGGGCACACACACCUCGGAUGAACAGAAUCAUCUGCUCAUUGCCAGUGUCCAGUUGCCCAGCGAAGAUGCACAAUUUGAUAGCUCCCACUAUGACAAUGAGAAGGGUGAAUUUGGCGGCUUUGGCUCCGUGUGCGGGAAAAUCGAAAUUGAAAUCAAAAUCAAUCACGAGGGCGAGGUGAACCGUGCCCGCUACAUGCCGCAAAAUGCGUGCGUUAUUGCCACCAAAACUCCUUCGAGUGAUGUUCUCGUUUUUGAUUACACAAAGCAUCCCAGCAAACCGGAACCAUCCGGUGAAUGCCAGCCGGACUUACGUUUGCGUGGUCACCAAAAGGAGGGCUACGGUCUCUCAUGGAAUCCCAAUUUGAACGGUUACUUGCUCUCGGCCUCUGACGAUCACACCAUCUGUUUGUGGGAUAUCAAUGCCACGCCCAAGGAGCAUCGCGUUAUUGAUGCCAAGAAUAUAUUCACCGGCCACACGGCCGUCGUUGAGGAUGUUGCUUGGCAUUUGCUGCAUGAAUCGCUGUUCGGUUCGGUGGCUGAUGAUCAGAAGCUCAUGAUUUGGGAUACGCGCAACAACAACACCUCGAAGCCAUCGCACACCGUCGAUGCGCAUACAGCCGAGGUGAAUUGUUUGAGCUUUAAUCCCUAUUCGGAGUUCAUAUUGGCCACGGGCUCGGCGGACAAAACUGUCGCCUUGUGGGAUUUGCGCAAUCUCAAGCUGAAACUACAUUCCUUUGAGUCGCACAAGGAUGAGAUCUUUCAGGUGCAAUGGUCGCCCCAUAACGAAACGAUUCUCGCCUCCUCGGGCACCGAUCGUCGCCUACACGUUUGGGACUUAUCCAAAAUUGGCGAGGAGCAGAGUUCCGAAGAUGCUGAGGAUGGUCCACCCGAGCUGCUGUUCAUCCACGGUGGCCAUACUGCCAAAAUUAGCGACUUCUCGUGGAAUCCAAAUGAACCAUGGAUCAUCUGCUCCGUGUCCGAGGACAAUAUCAUGCAAGUCUGGCAAAUGGCCGAGAAUGUGUACAACGAUGAGGAGCCCGAGAUACCCGCCUCGGAUCUGGAAACCCACACUGCUUAAAGCAAUAUCCAUUCAAGUCUUUGGCAUAUGUUUCCUCUCCCAAUCCCCCAUCCUCCUCUCCCCUCUAUAAUAUAAAAGAAAACAUAUGUGUGAAAUUGUUUUUGGAAACAACACAAAGCCGGCUUAUCUGGCUGCGUGCACUCAUUUUAAUUUAUAUAUAUACAUUAUUUUAAAAUUAAUUAAGUUCAGAUUCAGUUUACAACAAAAAUCUUGCAUUAAAACGAUCUGAAGACCAACAAAUCAA